AUGCUCAAAGUCACGACGCCCUCGUGCUCCGCCUCGUCCUGCUCCUCGGUAACCGCCACUGUGGCCCCGGGGCCCGGGAGCCUGGUGCCGGAUUACUGGGUCGACGGCUCCAACAGGGAUGCUCUGGGCGAUUUCUUCGAGGUGGAGUCGGAGCUGGGACGGGGUGCUACAUCCAUUGUGUACAGAUGCAAACAGAAGGGGACCCAGAAGCCUUAUGCUCUCAAAGUGUUAAAGAAAACAGUGGACAAAAAAAUCGUAAGAACUGAGAUAGGAGUUCUUCUUCGCCUCUCACAUCCAAACAUUAUAAAACUUAAAGAGAUAUUUGAAACCCCUACAGAAAUCAGUCUGGUCUUAGAACUCGUCACAGGAGGAGAGCUGUUUGACAGGAUUGUGGAAAAGGGAUAUUAUAGUGAACGAGAUGCUGCAGAUGCUGUCAAACAGAUCUUGGAGGCAGUUGCUUACCUACAUGAAAAUGGGAUUGUCCAUCGUGAUCUCAAACCAGAGAAUCUUCUCUAUGCAACUCCAGCACCAGAUGCGCCACUCAAAAUUGCUGAUUUUGGACUCUCCAAAAUCGUGGAACAUCAAGUACUCAUGAAGACAGUAUGUGGAACCCCGGGAUACUGUGCACCUGAAAUCCUUAGAGGCUGUGCCUAUGGACCCGAGGUGGACAUGUGGUCUGUGGGAAUAAUCACCUACAUCUUACUUUGUGGAUUUGAACCAUUCUACGAUGAGAGAGGUGAUCAAUUCAUGUUCAGGAGAAUUCUGAAUUGUGAAUAUUACUUCAUCUCUCCCUGGUGGGAUGAAGUAUCUCUGAAUGCCAAGGAUUUGGUCAGAAAAUUAAUUGUACUGGAUCCUAAGAAAAGGCUGACUACCUUUCAAGCUCUCCAGCACCCAUGGGUCACGGGUAAAGCAGCCAAUUUUGUACACAUGGAUACGGCUCAAAAGAAGCUUCAAGAAUUCAAUGCCCGGCGCAAGCUCAAGGCGGCGGUCAAGGCCGUGGUGGCCUCCUCCAGGCUCGGCAGCGCCAGCAGCAGCCACAGCAGUGUCCAGGAGGGCCGGGCUAGCCGGGAGCCGUCUCCACCUCAGGCCGGCGACGAGGGCGUCCCGGGGGGCGAGGGGCCCCCGGGGGCAGCUGAGGGGGCCGGGGCGGAGCUACCGGAGGUGCAGGCGGGGGAGGAGGUCAGCGGUGAUGAUGGAGACCUGGCGGCCCCCGGGAUGGAGCCCACGGCAUGGGAGGAGGAGAUGGAGGGGGCCGGCCUGGAGACGGAGGGGUGCCCGGCCGGGGAGACGCGGGUGACCGCUGGAGCUGCAGCAGCCCCUGGAGGACGAGAGGAGGACCCUGCCCUGGAGGUCGGAGCUCAGCAGGGUGACGCGGUCCUGCCGGAGGACUAG